GUCAUUCGGGAUAAUAAGCUAAAACCUGUAUCGUCUUGACAUCAAGGCUACGAUAAAUCCGGUUGGGAUUUUCCUCCAGUGUGGCUUAAUAUAAAACGAUUGUUGGGAGUCGUACAAGAUUUAUUUUGUGAAGAUGUGAGAAUCAAGUUCCUGGCGUAAGAUAUCAAAUUUUCCAAAUUAUGAAGACUUUCGUGCUUUUUCUUAACCACUAAACACGAAACGGAAUUGGAAACAUUUCUUUACGUAACAAAAAUGGCGCAUGACCUAGACAACACCGGAAGUCGUCUUCUUAACGCAAUCCUAUCAGGAAAAGCGCGGCAAAUCAGUUCCCUCCUGGACCAAACCGUCGACGUCGAUGUGAGAGACGAUGAAGGAAGGACGCCCUUGAUGUACGCAGUCUGUUGUGACAUUGAUGACGUCAGAACGCACGUGGUGCGUUUGUUGUUGCGCAGUAACUGUUACAUCAACGCACAGGACAGUAGUGGAUGUACGGCACUGAUAUACGCAUGCAUGGAGGUAGACCGUGUGGAUGUCGUGAGACUGAUCGCCAGGAAUAAACUGUGUAACCCCAAUCUCCAAGACUCUGAGGGAUAUACAGCAGCAAUGCACGCGGUGGCUGCGUCAAAUUCCCAAGGUCUGAAAAUUUUGUUAAAUUCAUCUGCGACGAAAUCUGUAGUGGAUUUGAACAUAAAAAAUAAAAACGGAAUUACCGCCCUUGAACUUGCUGUGAAACUCCAGUUAUUUGACUGUUGUAAGGUGUUGACGACAGAUUGUGUUGGCGGCCGCAAUUCGAACAAUAUUCGGGACAAAAAAGGUCUGAACUUAAUUUUGGGACGUGAAGCUUCUGUGAUGUCACAGAAAGGU